GAAAGAGCAAGAUGCCCACGAGGGUCGGCGCGUGCAGGCACGUCGAGCACGCGGGCUGGCGGUACUGGGCCCGCGCGGACAUGAAGACGCAUUCCGGACGGCGGCGGCACGUGGCGCCGCAGUGGAUCAGCGCGCGCGUCGCGGAAGCGGCGGUCUGGGGUGCGGACUCGGAGCUCGAGGCGGACGUGGAGACCGCGAGCCGGAGCAUGGAGUCCAUCUGGGCGGCCUGCCUCGGAGACGGAGAGGAGCCUGCGAGUCCGCGUUGGGACGCGGUCGGAGAUGAUACGUGGGCGUCCGAUUCGGAGCACGAGGUGAACGGCUACGGGAGAUACGCGUGGCGGAAGGGAAAAGGCGUGGCGAAAGAUUUCGACAUCAUACGACGCCCGAGGGCGGUGAUCGCUCUGUCGGACGACGAAGAGGAUGACUGGGAAUGGGUGGACAAGACUGCUCAACGGAAGCGGUCGUAUGCGAAGGUUGUUAAGGGUGGAGGUGGUUGAUCUGCAAGGAGCAUGCCUAUGUGCGGUGUUGGCCAUCCUCGCUGCGCGAUAAGCACGUUCAUGAUGGAUUUUGUACAUCAACGUAACGGAACGUAGGCACUGGAUCUCGGCCUUGGCGAUCCGAGUUGGAGGGGUGCAGAUUAU